AUGUGUCUGGAGCAUGCGGAAACGAAGCGAAUUGAAGACUCCGAAAUGGGCUUUGACACUUUUCUGCUAAAGCGAACCCUUGAGCAUUUCGUUGAAGAAAUUGCCGAAGAAUCGAAAGAUCUAAUCGUUGAGCGACCGCGUUUUGCCUAUGCUGUACUUGUUGUUGCUGAUGGAUCUCCAGGGGAAAUUUGUCAAGCCUCUUGCGUACGACGAUUGGACGUGGACGUUCAAGAGGCGGUCACUGUCACAGAGCCAUAUUUCGACGAGGAAAUAGCGAGAGCUCUGCGGCGUUUAGAAGAAAGCAACACGUUCUUGAGCGCCAACACGACGGCUGAAUCCCUUUCCAAUGCCUACACUCCACCAACGAGUCCCCUUUUGAAUGAUCUCGAUGCAUCGAAGACGAUGAUAAAACAAUCACCAAUUCGAAUUCCCCCAGGCGAACAAAUCCUUCGAAAGACGACCACUUUA